AGCGAGAGAGGGGUGGAGGAUUCAAGCCAGUGAGUGAGCAGUCACUCCAGGAGUCACAUUGUUAUCCAUCACAUCUUUUUUUCCAGGAGAAGUAGAUAAGAGUGAGCAGCGUCCAGGCAUUGACAGAUGAGAAUACCAGAAACAAAAGCCAAGCCAGACAAGCUGACUGAUUUUUUGUGCGUGGAUAUCAGCUUGUUUACCAAAGGUCUGCAGGAGAAAAUAAAGUUGUCAUGGAAACUGUUUUGCUCUUCUUCUCCUCACUCCUGGUAUGUGUGGCUGCUGUAGCGGAUACCAGUGCACAGGAUAGCAAGGAGAAAGAUGAGAACCCAUUUAUUUAUGAUUAUGAGAGCCUGAGGAUCGGGGGUCUGGCGUUUGCUGUGGUGCUGUUUACACUGGGCAUUCUGCUUAUUCUUAGUCGGCGAUGUCGCUGCAAUAUAAACCAGAAACCUAGGGCCCCCGGAGACGAGGAGGCACAGGAGGAGAACCUGAUUGUCUCUAAGGCUGCAUCUGCUGCCAAAGAGACUCCAGCAGAGAACUGAGGCUCCUCUGAACCCGACUGCCUUCUGAAGUGACGACCUGCUAUUUGAUAUUCAGCCACAAAAUAUAGGAAUUCGGAGGAAUUGCUGGUCAUUAUAAAAGGGUAUAUCAUAUGAAAGGGUGUAAUGGGAGGUGAUACAUGCAGUAGUGUGAUGCGUAAAUAUACAUUUUGUGCUGUUCUUUGUGUAACUGUGUUCUUGUCCAUUCCUGUGCCUUUCUUUGAGUCUGCCUUGAUGUUUAGUUUAUUGUCUUAGCCAGUAGCUUCUUUGACAUAAGGUUGUCUUUUAAUCCCUUAAAAAGGUUUUUUCAUUGUGUGGUUCGCUGUUCUCCACUUCUAUCGAUUACCUUUAGGUUGUAAGAUUGUCAACUUGUUGCUUAUGUUGCAAACUGUCCUGUUUGUCACAUUUAGAAUAUAUAUGGAUAUAUUUGAUAAACACAGUAUAUAAAAUAUAUAUUAUAUAUAAAUGAUGAAGAAUAGAUAGUUACAUGUGCGAUAUUGACUCAAAUACUCUUCAUUUAAGUUUAUGUUUGAAUGGCUGAGUGUGCUUUUGGGCAUGUAUGGAUGUGAUUAUACAGUACAUGCAUAGCCCGUUUGUGUGUCUUAUCGUGUUUGUAUAAUAGCAUAUAAAUGUGAUGAGCCUUAUAAGAGACAAUCUCAACAGCCACAGCUCCUGACUGAGCACAGGAGUGGCUUGCAGGAAUCACCAAGGGCUCCUCCACUGCCAGUGAUUGAACCAUCCUGAGCGGAGGGAGCGCCUGCAUCAGCUGUCUCACUGCCUUCCUCUCCACACUCCACUGCUUCGUCAACAACUUCGUCACUGGCUCCACCAGGAUUAACUAGUCUCCCGCAGGCUAUGAUUAGUUCUUCCUGACGCACUCGGAGCCACAAAUCUGUGAAGCCAGGGUGUCUUUCCUGUUUCAUCUUUGUUUUGUUUCCAUAGUGUCAUGAUAUUUUAAAUCGUAUAUUUAGGAUAUAACAGAGAGAAACACAUUCUCGACACUGUGCUCAAUUAAAUCCUAACCCUAAAGCACUGCAUUAAUAGUAGUCUUAUUCAGUCCAAACCCAAGUGAAAGAACCCUUGAAUCUCCUGUCACGUCAUGCUUUCAUUACUUUUAAGUCUUGACCUGUUUUAAAGGCUGUUGUUCUGCAAGUAAAUGUUCAUUCUCCGCAUGAGGCCUUGUUGUGUAGCAACUUGUUGUGCUUUUGGCAUAAAUAAAUAAAUAAAACGACUGACGACAG